AAGAAAGGGGGUGGGGAGGAGGAGGAAGGCGCACGCACGCGCGCAUCAGUGUGUGUGUGUAUGUGUGUAUGAGUGUGUGUGUGUGUGUGUGUCUAUGUGUGUGUGUAUGUACAGUCAGUCCGGUUUUCCUGCUGUAGAAGAGAAAAGGAAAGAGAAAAAAGAAAAAGGGGGAAAAAACCGAGAAAGAUAUGCAUGAUUUUGCAAAGCGUUCAUGAUGGGGAGCUGGAGCGUGCACGCGCCACAUGCGUGUGUCCGCGCGUGCGUGCGGUAGGAGGAGAGGAAAAACGCGGGGAAAGAAAAGAGAGAAGGAAGGAGGGAUUCGGCAUCGCAGCGCGAGCCUAGUAUUUAAUCCUCUGAGUGCUGUGUAUUGUGUGUUCAUCGCCCAAUAGAAGAAAUGGAGUGAUGAAAACCAGAACUCACAAAGAGCCGAUGCCCGUACGUAGUGGGCGAAGGCGGGGUGGCAGUGAGGAGCGGAGGGGGAGACGUCCACAUCCUAGCCCAUCUCGAGCUGAACGAAAUGAGCGUCAAACACAGAGAGCUGCAGGAGAGGAGCUUGGUUGUUUUAACAGACGGCCACAAGGACAGGAUUCAUCCGAAAGCGAUGGAGAGCGAACUAUUCCUCCCCCGAAAAGACAGAAGGUCCAGGACUCUUUGUCCAGUGCCCCAACAUCAACCCAUUCAACUGGCACAACAACUUCAGCACCGCAUCCAACUUCAUGCAACACCCAGUCACGAGAAAGCGACAACGAAGAUGGCCAAUCACAAGGCAGCCGCAGCUCAGCUGGAGGAAGCUUAGCCAAUAGCAGCAGUAGUAUUAGCAGUGGGCGGGAUAUUGAUCAGGACAAUCGGUCCUCUUCGCCGAGCCUCUCUGGCUCCCCGUUGGCCAGUUUGGACUCUGAAUCAGACUCACCGGAUUCACCAAAGCAAGGCGGGAAGGUGAAAGAAGGAGUGUUGCCUAAACUGGGAGGAGCAGGAAGGGGGAAUGACAGUGGCAGUGGAGAAUGUCGGGACACUGAGGGGAAGGAAGCAGAUUUAUCAGUACUGAAAUCACCUUCAUCUCUUUGUCCUUUGAGUGAGACCAGCAGUGCCAGAAAGCCCUACUUUCCUGUUGACCCUAAAAUAGUGCCCAAGAUGGAGUUCUCCACUGUUGUGGGCGAUGAGGCAUUGCAUGGCUGCAGCCGCAGCAAUAUCAACCCCAAAACGGCCUCUCAGUGUGGAGGAAAGAUGGUUGUUGGUGGACCAGAGUAUCCCAAUGUUAGCCAUGCAUCGUCCUCUGCUCUUCCACCUCCACCUGCUUUGAAACCUCUCGAGGCAGGCCAAAAUGCUCCUGGUGAUGUUAAAAUGGAGAAAACUGAGAAAUGCGACAAGGCUCCACCCUCUCUGCUCCCACAGGCCACCGCCAUACCCCAACAGCCCCCUCCCCCUCGCCACACUCAUCACUACAGCCCGACUACAUUGUCAGGCAGUGCUGUUUCCACUUGCCCUGGAAACUGGGGAUACACGCGUUACCCAGGUGUCCACCAUACACCUGUGCAGCAGCAACAAUUGCCCUCUGUCUACAACCCCCCAUCCUCCACCCGUCACUCAUCCCAUCCCCCCUACCUGCCUCCCCCACACCCACCCCACCCACACAGAGAGUACUUGCCCAGGUACAGCAGUCCAGCAGAGCGGGACAGGACUGCAAGGGACAUUGCAAUUAAAGAUGGCACUGCUGGUUCUGGUGCACACAACAGUGCGAAUAUGGGCAGUGACUUUUUAACUCCUGUUCCAGGACAAAACCGAGAAUUUGGAGCACCAGGUCGAGAUGGUCCAUCAGGGGGUCGGGAAUUCCGACCGGGAUUCCGGGAAAGGGAUGCACUGAGAGACUUCUCUUUGCAGAAUCAGAACCAGCAACAUGUAGCACAGGGUCGGGACUUUGGACCUGGUGGAGCAAGUGGGCCUGUGGGUGCAGGUGGAUGUCACCCGAGAGAUAAGGAGGGGAGAUGGGGAGAGUUUGCAAGCCAGAUAAGGGAAGUAGGUGGCAACAGCAAUCCAAGUAAUGUCAACCAAGUAAAUGUUAGCACUUCAAACACCAGUUUACCAUCUACUUCUCCCCAAAACAGUUCAGCCACCCCAAAUAAAGAGUUUCAGACCGCAGUGGAGCAGGUGGGGCAAGGGCAUCAAGGACAUCAAGUCCCUGCUACUGGGUCAGAUCCUCCGUCUACUGCACAUUUCCUAAGGGAAUACCCUCCACCAGAGACCAAGGAGUACCCUUCAGCAGGGUCUCAACCUUCAUCUGCCCCUCAUCCUGGUCCGUCCAGAGAAUACCCAAGUCCCACCAGACUUGCUUCAAAUAUGGGUCGGGAUUUUGCUGGAGGGCCUGCUGUUCCCCACCCACACUAUCUGGUCCAGCCAGGCCUGACUGUCCAAUCUAGGGAGAGAGAAAGAGAGAGGGAGAGGGAAAGAGAAAGGGAGAACAGUGCUCCAUCUUCCAUUUAUCAUAAUCGUAAUCACCCACCGUCUCUUUCUCCUUCCUCAUCUUCUUCCACACAUGGACACCAGCCUCCUGGCUCUUAUCCCCCAACUUCCCACAGCCAGCAGCCUCUUCCACCAUCCACACUUCCACCUAGUCAGACCCGGCCAGGGCAGUACCCCUCAUCCAAUCAGAGUCCUCCCACUACUCUCUCUCCACUUCCUAGUCCAUCAACAAAUCAAAUGGGAGGAUUUCCCACAUUUUCAUCAACUUCUGCACCGUCUGCAUCAGGUGCGGUCACAUCCUGUCUAUCUGGGUGCCGACCAGCUCCUUAUCAUGGCACUUUAAACAGUCACACUCCUUUUGCUGGUGCUUACCAUGGCAAUAGUAACCCUAGCAGCACUUCAGCUGCCAGCAAUCCAAAUAGCAACAAUAGUGUUAACAGUCACAUGCAGUUGCAUUCACCUACACCCUCCAAAAUCCAACCACAUCUCUGCAACCCUGUUGGCCCACCCAGUAAUACACCCACUGGUGCUGACGGCCAAUCCGAAUCGUCAUCUUGUUCUUUGCCACCACCUGUCAUAAAGGAGGAACCAAUAGAGGAGAGGGAGGAAACUGAGAGUCCACCUUCUGUGCUCAGAAGCCCCUCGCCUGAGCCAAAGGUCAUCGAUAUUCCAAUUCAUGCUAGCCAAUCUGCACGGUUCCACAGGGUUCUAGAUCGUGGCAAUGGGAAUUCAUGUGUUCGCACUGACGUCAUCUUCAUCCCUCUGGAUGGAUCUAAACUCUGGAAAAAGAGAAAUGAGGCAAUCGAACGAGCCAGGCGUGAGGUGGAACAGAGAGCUCGGGACUUGAGAGAGAAGGAGAGAGAGCGAGAGAGGGAGAGAGAGAGGGAGAGAGAGAGGGAGAGAGACCUGGAGAGGCACUUACAGCAGAAGGACAGUAAUCCUGGAGCAGUUCCCCGUCAGGGCUCUUCUCUCUUCUUCUCUCCUUCCUCCACUAUUCUCAUGGAUCCUUCUUCCUCAUCCUCUUCUCCAUGCAUAAACCCCACCCACCACCCUGCCCACCACCCCGCCCACUCAAUCCACCCAUCUCAUGCCCACUCUCUCCACCCUUCCCUCUCUCAUUCAAUCCCUCACUCCCUUCUUCUACCUUCUGUUGGGGGUCUCGGUCCAUAUCUUGGACCUGAUACGCCAGCAUUGAGGACACUGAGUGAAUAUGCCCGUCCUCAUGCAAUGUCACCACUUGGCACGGCCAAUCGGGCUCCGCCCCAUUUUCACCCCCACCCCCAUCCGCAUUCACACCCUCACGUGCAUCCCUCUCUCUUCCUGUCCCAAUUCCAAAACCCUGCCCUUGCUCAUCCACACCACCUUCCUGCUGAUGCGGCCACCGCAGCAGCUAUCCUUGGAUUUCUUUACGGAACCGGCUUGGAAGGAGGCCACGGUCACCCUGGGGCAGGACCGGUGGCAGGGCCUGGCCCAGGAGGAAUGGCAGGGCUAGGGGCCGGACUUGGAGGGAUGGGGUUUCCGCACUCAGUGACUGCUCACAGGGAGCGAGUGAAGUCAGGGUUUGACUUUAAAAGCGAAUUUGACUCACAUACACACUCUCAUUCACACUCCUUACUGCUAGGAGGAGGGGCUGGGGGUGGAGCUCCAACCAGUGAGGUUGCCCUCUAUGGAACUCCUCCACCACCAGCUCCGCCCCCUCAAGCCCUUGCGACAGUUGCAAGAAAUCCGAGCGCUGUCCCUCAGACCUUGUCAACCCCACCAACUUCUUCUUUGUUACCGCCUUCCUUGCCAAGUCAUGCCCCUCCAACUGUAAACCCCAUAGGUCCUGCCGCUCCUCCUCCCCCUGCACCUCCCCCACCUCCUCCUGCACCCACGGCUUCUUCUCUCCAUCACCCCUCAUCUCACUCCUCCCAUCCUACCCAACCCUCAGCCCCUGAAGGUUACUCCGCCCCGAGUCGGACUCCACCUAGCACAGAGAGAGCGAGGAGCGUGGAGAGAGAGAGGGAGAAGGAGAGAGAGAGAGCACUGCCAGGUGGAGACAGGGAAAGAGGAGCCCCAGCAACCCCAGCCGGGGGUGGAACCUCAGGAGGAGGUGGGGCUUCAGGAGGAAGUGGAGCAGGAGAGUCUCUGGGGCGACUGCAAAUGCUAAAUGUGACUCCACAUCAUCACCAGCACUCACACAUUCACUCUCACCUGCAUCUACACCAGCAAGAUACAGCACCUAGCAGCGUGCACCCGCUCAUUGAUCCGUUAGCGACGGGAGCUCCGUUACCACGGCUACCGUAUCCAGGAUCCAUCAUCACACACCCGCUCACAGAGAGCGACGUACUGCGACAGCAACUCUUCGGCGCUCCGUUCCGUGAUUUACCCCCCCACUCCUCCAUGCAUCAUCAGAACACAGAGCUACAGAUCCAGAGACUCGCGCUGGAGCAGCAGUGGAUCCAUCACCACCAUCACUCUCUCACACAGGAAGAGUAUUACAGCCACCUGAAGAAGGAAAGCGACAAAACGCUGUGAGCGCCGAACCGGGCGAUGGAGAAACACGGGAAAGUGCAAAUACACAAAUGAAGGAAGUGACAGGAGUGAUCACGAUCUCUUGACACACAACACUAACACGACAGCGACGGUCCGACAGUCUGAGUGCGCAAUUCUGACACGUUGUUUAUCAAACACUAAGGUUACAGUCAUAUUACUUCGACACGGCAGUACAGUGCGUUAUGAUUGGCUGAGAACGACCACACACGAUAACGCAAAUACUUGUUUCUGAUUGGCUCACAGGUGAUCAUCAUAUUACACUAACAUUGUCUAAAAUAGCCGACAAUUAGACUGUGUGCAGAAGUUUGACUUCAGUCCAAGACGUAUGUCGGGUAUUUGUGUAGGAAAUAAUUUUCGGAUUUAGACUAGAUUUUUAAGCCUGAAAAAAAGCAGAGGAAUAAAGUGGGUUGCUCUUUGAGGGUGAAAUAAGUUGUCGAAAAAUUUUAUAGAUGAUUACUAAUAUUAGUUUAAUAUACUGCUUAUCUAAAAGCUAUUAAUAGUAAUUCCCUCAUUUUCUCUUGAAGUUAAUAAAACAAUAAAACAACAACAAAAAGCAGCCACAAAGAACGAAUCUAUAUGUUCUGAAGACUUUCAUGUAGUGGAAAACCUAAAGAUUACAAGAUUAUUGUUUACAAACCACAGACCCUGGAGAAUUUUAUUGUUAAAUAAACAAGACGUUUAAGAGAAUGUCACCAUACUGGCAGGCAGUUUUUAAUUUGUUAGAACAGCCUGCUAUUUUGCUUUUUCAAAUUCGACUGAGUAGAACAUCAUCCAGAUGAAUCAUAUGAAUUUGUUGUUGCUACAGAAACUUAGAGCUUCUGACCAAUCAGAACGGAGAAUUUGCCAGCGCUGUGGUUUAUGUAGUUUAAGUUUAUGAAUUAAGAAAUCCCCUUUAAAUGGCACUCUGUACUGUAGAUCAUCUACGCAAAGCAUGAAUUUCAGGGUAAAAUACACUAUAUUGCCAAAAGUUUUGGGACACCCCUCCAAAUCUUUGAAUUUAGGUGUUGUUUUUCAGGGGUUGGGCUCGGACCCUUAGUUCCAGUGAAAGGAACUCUCAAGACAUUGUGGACAUUUUCAACUCAACUCUGUGGGAACAAUUUGGGGAUGACCCCUUCCUGUUCCAACAUGACUGUACACCAGUGCACAAAGCAAGGUCCAUAAAGACAUGGAUGAGUGAGUUUGGUGUGGAGGAACUUGACUGGCCUGCACCUCAACCUGAUAGAACACCUUUGGGGUGAAUUAGACUGCGAGCCAGGCCUUCUCAUCCAACAUCAGUGCUUGACCUCACAAAUGCUCUUCUAGUGGAACGAGCCAUAAACACACUCCUAAACCUUGUGGAAAUCCUUCCCAGAAGAGUUGAAGCUGUUAUAGCUGUAAAGGGCGGGAGACAACUCCAUAUUACAUUCAUGUGCAUGUAAAGGCAGAUGUCCCAAAACUUUUGGCAAUAUAGUGUAUUUGAAUCCUCAUCCAACAAAAUACACUUCUUAUAAUCACAGAUCAGAUAGAUAGAUCUGAGAGAUACCUGGGUCUUCCCGUAAAAUUUUUAAAGGAUGUCUUUCACACGAAAAAUGAAAGACAGGAAACUUGUUUACUAGAAAAGCACGCAAAGAAAGUCAAAUCAUCUGCUAAAUCUGCAUUAGCUGUUCAGUUUGGUCUACACACCCUAGCUAGCUAUGUGCGGAACUUUAGCUAGUUAGGAAGUUCUCAAGUCUGUAGAUUGUUUAGAAAAAACAGUCGAAGUUGGCCGAAACAUUAACGUUUAUCAGUACGUUUUUGCCUCAAAUGAUGAGAUUUUUUUAUAUCUAGUUUUACAUUUAUAUCCCAAGAAUGCAUUGUACUGUGUCAAAUUUCACUGAUGUCAACGUUCACUAACGAACACCUUCGAAAAUGGGUGUGUGAGACGUGAAUAAGGACAAAGGUUUGAUAAGUGAUGUCAUAAAGUCAUUGUAGUGCACUCAGAUGUUGAGAUCCUGCAAAAUCAGACUUUCUCUUUUUUUUGUCUUUGCAUGUAGCUAUAAACAAAUAAACAAACAAACAAAAAAAAAAGCCCUAACAUUUUAAUUUUUGGGCUAAUACUUAAAAAAAAAAAAAAAAAAAGUACUUUUUUUUUCCUAGUGACUCGCCCCGAGGGAGCGAGCGUGUACUCGAGUGUGCAUGUGUACCUACACUCCGCUCUCAUACACCCUUUCUUUGUAGUAUUGUUCUUAAUUAUUAUGAUUAAUAUCAAUGUGGUCAAUGUUUGUUAAUAAUUAUGUAAUUAUAUAAACAUAUUAUUUUGUGUUUUGACAUAUUUUUUUACAUUUUCAUGGUACCGUUUAUUUUUUAUUUUUAUUUAGAAUUUUACUUGUGUGGGGGGGGGGAUUAAAAAGGAGAAAAAAAAAAUC